CAGGGCCGGGGAAAGGUUUGGAGAUUUGGCGUGAGGUUAAAAGAUGAUGUACAUCAAGACUAGUAUCUGAGGCAGGCGAAGCAGGCUGGAUAGUGUUGCACCAGGCAAGCGAAGCGAACCAUGCAGAGCUCAAAUUCUCCGUCACUUUAGCGGUCGCACCCAGUCAGCGCAUACACAGAAAUUUCAGCAAAGAAUAGCAACGACGUCCUUCAGCGAACAGAAGACAAGGGCUGUUUCUUGAAAUGAAUGCUGAUGGCUCAGUAAGGGGUUCUCCAGUACAGAACUCAAAUUGUGUGCAGGAACUGCGCUCAGUGAAAGCAGGUGAGACAGUAAUCAGAGGUGUGGCUACAUCGCUCUUCCUCUGCGUAAAUAAUGCAGGCAACUUGAGAGGACAGUGGGAUUACACUGAAGAGGACUGCACCUUUCAGGAACUGCUCCUGGCAGAUGGAUAUUCUCUUUUCCUUUCUCCACACAAUGGACUUCCUGUGUCACUCCUCUCAAAUCAGUUGGGACAGAGAUAUAGCGCCCCAUUUUCUCGGUUCCUCCCCAUUAUGAAUACUCAGUUUACAGCGUCCAGGAAUGGAGAGAACAGUCAGAUACACGAGGUGAAACAGUAUAUUCAAGACAUAAACUUGGACUCUGAUGACCCACUUGGAAUGGGACAUCAGUCACACAUACAAAUUGUUUUCAGCCCUAGUCUGCAUACUGAGAAAUGAGGACUGAGAACAUUAGUUAUGGAGACACACUUUACAACAUCACUGGACAGCAAGACUGACAAACUAUUGUUACUGUGUUUUUUGUUUCCUGAGAAUGUAUUUAUUUGAACAUAUUUAUUUAUUUACUAUUCUCUUAAUAUAAUUUGAUGUAAUUAUUGCUUGGAAUAAUUAAAUGAUGGAUAUCUGCAGGUGAAGAUUCCACCUUCAUACUUUUGUUGGAAGUUUAUUUUGUUCUUUUUUCACAUUGUUUAAUAGUCACCUCAGGAUGAUUUUUGAGUGAUGAAAUUUUUUUAUAAAUAAAAGUACACAAUAAGCCUACAUUUCAUAGAGCGCCAUCACAUCAGAUAUUCUAUAUUACCAUCGAAAGCAUGCACACACCCACACAUUCAACACAUUUGAAUACACACAUGCACACACAUAUAUGUAUAUGAGAUAUACAUAUAUCUCAUUCACAGUAUUUGAACAGUUUUAUUUAAAGAGAUAGUUCACCCAAAAAUGUGUAUGACUGUCUUUCUUCAGCAGAAAACAAAUUAGGUUUUUAAGAAGAUAGAAAUCUGUCAGGUCCUUAUAAUGCAAGUACAAGGGUGCCAGCACUUUGACGCAGCAGACAAAUAAUCCACAUGACACCGGUUGAUAAAUGAAUGUCUUCUGAAGCAAAUCAAUACGUUUUGUAAAAAACUAACGAUAAUAAAAACUUUAUAAAUUUUAAAAAAGUGCAUCCUGCCAGCCACUGAUGCAAAGUGUGGGGCAAGUGCGUCGGAGAGUUCACAUGAGAAUUCGGAAGCGCCGCUUAUUAACUACAGAAGUGCGAAAGUUACGCGAGAGUUUUGCCAUUUCAAACAGCCUUAGAGCCGUGGAUGGAAGCGCUGAUAUAAGUAAAAAAUAUUUUAAUGAUCAUCUUUUCAUAUUGAUAUCAGAAGACAUUCAUUGAUCGACUGGAGUCGCAUGGAUUACUUUCAUGCUGCCUCAAUGUGACUUUUGGACUGUCAAAGUGCUGGCACCCAUGCACUUGCAUUAUAAGGACCUGACAGAUCUCUAUCUUCUUAAAAUCUUCAUGUGUGUUCUGCUGAAGAAAGACAGUCAUACGCUUCUGGGAUGGCAUCAUGGUAAAUUAAUGAGAGAAUUUUCAUUUUUGGGUGAACUAUUCCUUUAAAACAUGAAUUACAGUGCUGCAGCAGGUAAUCGAAACUCAAUACUAAACAAUUCCAGAGAAAUUAUGCUUAAUCCAUCUGUCUGACACACAAAUCCCUGGCACAUUCAUGGCGGCGAGUGGGUGACAAAAUACGUGACAUUUAAAUGACACCACACAGUGUUUCUUACUAUGAAUAAGUCAUUUAUAUAUAUCGAGAACACUAGUAAGAUCUUUAAAGCGUAAGUCAGGUCAUCUUUCGGCUCAGCUAUAUUUUCCCAAACACGUUCUAGCAUUAAGACAACAAAUGCCACUCUCUGAACAGAUAAAAAUAGUUUCAUAAAUAAAUACAUUCAAUGAUUUAAUGUGGUGAUAUCAAAAUCAAAGUGGUAACACUUCACAAUAAGGUAGACAUAGAAUGUUCUGCUAGCAUUAGCGUAUGGAUUCUGUUUGGUUAUUUUUUUGUGAACCAAUUCCUAUGUUCUAGGAAUGUUCUUUUUAAGUUUUAUUAUAAAAUAACAUUCCCGGAAUGUUCUGGUAAACAAAAAUUGUUAGCUGGGUAUACAGUACGUUAACAUUACUUAAUGCUUUAGGUAUUAUGAACUAAGUUAAGUUCAACUGACAGCAUCUGUGGCAUAAUGUGGAUGUCCCUCCUUUACUUUAAAUUAAUAAAAAAAAUAAUCUACGUUACUGUGAGGCAGUACGUAAAUGUUAAAUUAUUCCCUUUUUUAAAUGUAUAGCCACAAGACGUAAACAAUAUGCAUGUUAACAUGAUUGUAGUGUGAUAAAAUUGCUUUAUAACCUUAUCUGUGUAAAAUUAUUUCCAAAUGUACAACUAUGAUUUUAAAAACUUUACAGCUUAGAUAAUACAUAACAGUUAUUGAAAUUAAUGUAAGUGCUGUUAUAAAAUUAUAAAUGUCAUAUUUCUGCCUUUAAACCCUCCAAAAUUUGGCCCCAUUCACUUCCAUUGUCAGUGCCUCACUGUAAACUUGAUUUUUGCAGUUUUUAAAGAAAAGCAGGGGUGCACCAAAAUACAUUUUUGUGGUAAUCAGCAUUAUGCCACAAAUGCUGUCGAUUGAGCUUAAUACAGUGGCAAGAAAAAGUAUGUGAACCCUGUGGAAUUAGCUGGUUUUCUGCCAUAAUUGGUCAUAAAAUGUGAUCUCAUCUUCAUCAAAGUCAGAAGAAUAGACAAACCCAAUGUGCUAAUGCUAACAACACACAAACAUUUAUAAUCUUUCAUAUCUUUACUGAACACUUCCCAUUAAACUUCCACAGUGCUGUGGAAAAAGUAAGAAAACCCCUGGAUUUAAUAUAUGGUCUAUCUUCCUUUGACAGCAGUAACCACAACCAAAUGUUUCCAGUAGCUGCAGAUUAGACCUGCAUAUUGUUCAGAAGGAAUUUUGGACCAUUCUUUCUAACAGAACUGCUUCAGCUCAGUCAUAUUCUUAGGAUGUCUGGUGUGAACGGCUCUCUUGAGGUCAUUCUACAACAGCUCUAUUGGGUUAAGGUCUGGGCUCUGACUGGGCCACUCCAAAAGUUGGAUUUUCUUUUCUUUUUUAAGCAAUUCUGUAGUGGAUUUAUUUAGAUGUUUAGGAUCAUUGUCCUGCUGCAUUACCCAACUUCUACUGAGCUUCAGCUGGUGCACAGCCACCCUGACAUUAUCCUGAAGGACAGUGGUUCCCAACCCUGUUCCUGGAGGCCCUCCAACACUACACAUUUUGGAUAUCUCCCUAAACAAACACACCUGAAUCAACUCAUUAGCUCGUUAGCAGAGACUCUUCAACUUGAAUUGGGUGUGUCAGAUAAGGGAGAUAUACAAAAUGUGCUGUGUUGGGGGGGCCUCCAGAGACAGAGUGGGGAACCACUGCUGUAGGAUAUCUUAAUAAACUUGGUAAUUAUGUUUUUUCCCUCGAUGAUGGCAAGCGGUUCAGACUCCAAAGCAGCCCCAAAUCAUGACUCUCCCUCCACCAUACCUCACCGUUGAGAUGAUGUUUUCAUGUUGGUAUGCGGUUCCCUUUUUAUGCCAUAUGUAGUUCUCCAUGUUCUUCCCAAACAACUCAACCUUAGUUUCUUCGGUCCACAAAAUUUUUUCCCAGUGGUGUUGUAGAGUGUCAAGAUGAUCUUUGGCAAACUUCAGGCACCCAGCAAUGUUUACUUCGAAAGCAGUGACUUCUUUUGUCAUAUCCUGCAAUGGACACUAUGCAUGUUUAA